GAUCCCCUAAAAAACAUAUCAGCGUCUCUCUAUUGCUGCACACAUCAAUGAAAAGGAACCAGCGAGAAGUUAAAAGAAUUCUAGAAUCCAAUCGAACUCGCCACCGUGACCGGCUGAGUCGAGCACUGGUUAUCCGUGAUUGAUGGUCCAAUCAAUCGUCAACUCCCGAUCCUCCAACCUGAUCGUGAGUUUCGAUACAAAAUUAAUCGUUAAUCAACAAUUUUGUUUGGUUUUAUUUAAUAUCUCAAUCAAUGAGGGUCAGUGAUUUGUCAAGGUCAAAGACGGCAUUAGGGGAUUUGGUCCCUAGGUUUUGGUGGGUUUUUUGAGCGCUUUCGUGGGUAGAAAAGUGUUUUUUUUUUUUUUUUUUUUUUCUGGAGGUGUUUAACUGAUGCUGGACUUUAGGGAAGGUUCAGUUAGGGUUUUUGGGUUAGGUUUAGUUUUUUAUGAUUAGUUUCUCAUGGGAGGUAUGGAGAUGGAGAAUUCUGAGCUUGAGGAAGGAGAGGCAUUCCAGUACAAGGAUGAUGACGACAGCAUAGACCCUGAGAUUGCUCUCUCUUACAUUGAUGAGAAGAUUCAAAAUGUUUUGGGCCAUUUUCAAAAGGAUUUUGAGGGAGGCGUUUCUGCAGAGAAUUUGGGGGCUAAAUUUGGUGGGUAUGGCUCAUUUCUGCCUACCUAUGAACGAUCUCCACAAAGAAACUCUGCUUGUUCACAUCCAAAGACUCCACAAAAUAACUCUAGCCCACCAAGAUCUCCUAAUAGUUUUCCUGUGGAGGGUGCCCCCCAGAGUUUGAGAGUUCCCUCCAAUGCUCUCCCAUCUGUGAAGCUUGGAACUGCUUCCUACAGUGCCAAUGCAUUGCAUAAGUCAAGGUUGGCAUCUGGGGAUUUUUCAGUAAAGCAAGAUUCCAGCGUUUCUUCUGCUCGAUUUUCUUGGGAGUCUAAUCUGAAGGAUGGGAACUCCAAUAAAACAGGCAAUUUAUCUGACCAAAGAACACUGAAGGUUAGGAUAAAAGUGGGUCCUGAUAGUGUGGCACGAAAAAAUGCUGCCAUUUAUAGUGGUCUUGGGCUUGAUAACUCUCCAUCUUCAUCAUUGGGGAACAGUCCUGAGGAAAGUGAUGGAAUGCUGCCUGUAGUCCAACAAAUUGCAGAUGAGUCUCCCACUAGCAUUCUUCAGACGAUGAUUUCCUUCCCAGUCCCUGGGGUUGCCCUAAUAUCGCCUCUUCAUGAGAGUCUGCUUUGUUUGAUAAGAAAGGAGAAAUUAUCUAGAGACAGUAAACUUGCGCUUUCCCUUAAGGGUAGUCAAGACAAUUUUGCCUUAUUGGCAGAUGAAUCGAUUUCUUUUAUGGGUAAUGGUAAACUGUUGAAGGGGAAUGAGGUGGAAUUUUUAGGGAAGAGUGAAAGAGCAGUAGAUAUGAAAUGUGGGAAUGGUAUUAUUUUUGAGAACAGUACAGCUUUUUCGGACAAGAAAAAGUUAGAAAAUGACAAUGCAGACAACAAGGACGUUUUAUCUAGUGACUUGAAGAGUAUGCCUCUACCAGUUACAGCAAAUGGUGGUGAGAUUCUGAAAGCAACUGGCUGGUCAUCUGAAGUUCCCAGGGAGGCUGAUCAGGGUAGGAUAAGAAAUAAAUUGUUUUCUUCUGACUUCAUGAAGGAAGACUCUUUAGAGUCCAGAUCUGGCCAGGACAGCGGCAAGAGUGAGAAGAGAAAUGCUCAGAAUAGUUCAGUAGAAAAGGUUUUGGAACAUAAAGCACUUAGUUGUGAUGGUAAUGGUAAAUCCAAGAAAAGUAAACUUUCUGCUUUUUCAAAAGGUUACUUUGAUGCAUCCAAAUGCGAGGAAGAUCUUAAAGUUGGAUCACUGGCUUCUUCAAAACAGAAGAUUGAUCAGCAAGAUGAGUUCUCCGUGCCUGGUGGGAAGGAAAGGCAAUUGUUGGAGGGCAAGAAGUCAUGUGGCACUGAAAGUAGCAAAAAAUCAGCUGCUGUUCCCUCAAAGGAAAGCUUGGGUAUUGGUGACAGUGGAGCACCUAAAGAUACAGCUUCUGCUACUUGUGGUGUUUCUAAAAGUAAAGUUAAGAUGCACAAGUGGAAGUUGCAGAAGGACAUUAGUAAGGUCAGAGAUAAUCAUAGAGAUCCUUUGGACUUGAAAUCGGAACAGAAAAAUAGUCAAAUGGGUUUGUCAGAGAGGCCUUAUGCUAGUAGGCAGAAAGAAUCUACAAUGGAAGAUCUCGAGAUGGAGCAACAUGCAUCUUUUGAUAAGUCAAGGGAAAGAUUUAAUGGUAAAAGAGUCGGUGACCAGCUGAUGCCUGGGGAAUUGGUCAAAGAUGUUGCAUAUGUGGGCUCUUCAAUACCUGAAAAUGCACUUGCUUCUGAAGUGGCACCACCUGUUACAGGUCCUAUACUUAUAGAAGAAAAUUGGGUCUGUUGUGACAGUUGUCAGAAGUGGCGGUUGUUACCCUAUGGCAUAAAGCCUCAUCAACUCCCCGAAAAGUGGCUGUGUACUAUGCUAAACUGGCUGCCUGGAAAGAACCGGUGUGACAUCAGUGAGGAAGAGACAACAAAAGCUCUCAAUUCAUUGUUUCAGCUUCCUUAUGCUGCUGGUCAAAAUAAUCUGCAAAAUCAUGCCAGUGGAACUACAUCUAGAGUGCAUAACCCACAUGUUGACCGCAACCACCAAAGUUUCGAUUCCCAUGCUGCUUUGUUUCCAGGAAAGAAGAAGCGGGGUAUGAAGGAAAUGGGGAAGGCAGGUAGCAGUAGUGGCAUGAUCCAGUCAUCGAACUCGACAAAGAACCAGUACAACUUGCAGGAAUCUGUGAAAAGCAGAAGCUUAAAUGAUAUGAACCAGUCUCCUGCAGAAGCAAAUCAAAUGAACAAAUCUACUUUUCAUGCUUUGAAUACGUCACAUAACUUGGUUGCAGAGCAGAAAGAGAAUCAUAUUGAUGGAGCAGGUGACACAAAGCAGAUAAAAAUGAAAAACAAGAGGGAGACUGAUCUUUAUGAAUAUGAGACUUCUGAGAAAACUAAGACUGAGAAUGCAUCCCAUACUGAUAAAUAUCAUAAUUCUGAUAUGGACCUUGGCAGGAUGGGUCUAAAUUCAAAAAGUGGGUUAUCAACUAAAGCAAGUGGAAAGGAAGUGUGGAAAUCAAAUGAGCAUUUUUCAGGGGAUUUGAAAUUUGAUAGAAAGGAAAAAUUACUAGUUUCCAUGAAGAAGUUGGGAGACCGAACUCAGAUGUCAUCAGAUGGUGGGUCCUUGAAUAUGGGCACAAGUGACAAAAUAAAUAUUUCUAUGAAGAAAAGGAAAUUGAGGGAGUGGCAGGACAAUCAGAAUGGUGCCAACAGCAGUUUAAGUGCCAAGGAAAAAGGUGAGUGUGUUGGAUUAAAGAAGGAAAAGAAAUCCAGGGUUUCGAAGAGUGGGGCUUCCAGUAUGAAUAACUGCAAUGAUAAAUUAGACAGAAAAGAGAAGGUGGGUCCUGUUUUAUCAGUAGGAAGUCAAGAUCAUCUAAAUGAUGGCAUGGAAGCUGUAAAAAGUAUUCAUAAGGAUGAGCAAACAAGGAAACAUAGAAGAAAUUUUGCAUCUCAAAUAACUUUGGAUGUUGUAGACUCAUCAAAAAAGGAUUGUGGACCUGGACAACUUCCAAUGACAGCCACCUCAAGCUCUUCGAAGGUUUCAGGUUCUCUUAAAACAAGAGCAACCUUUGAUGAUGCGAAAGGCUCACCUGUAGAAUCAGUUUCGUCAUCUCCUUUGAGGGCCUCAUUUGGAGAAAAGCUUGGUUCAACUGGAGGAAAUAUUCUAGCAAAAGAUAAUGCUACAAAUGAUGGCCUUCCUGUAAUUGAUGGACUAAGAAGAUGCAGGGAUGGGGAAGGUGAUGGUCAGAUUAAUCAAUCUGGGAAAGCAAAGAAGGAGAAAGUCUCCGGUGACCAUCAUCCUGAAUCCUGUAAACCUUUUCUGCUAGAUUACCAGGAUGGAGAUGCGAGUCACAAAAUUGGUCAAACUAAAUGUUCUUCUGAUUUGCUUAAUGGUGGUGUUGAAAUCACAGGACGUCGUGAGUGCUCUAGUGGUCUGCUUGCUAUCAAAUAUUGCCAUGAUGAGGAUAGAGAAGAUAAGAACCAACAUGACAAUGUGUUGUUUCCACAGAAAUUUGGUAAAGGUUCAUCUGUACUGUUGAAAGACAAUGAUAGAAGUUCUACAUCUGAUUUUGAUAGAGAUGAGAUGAAGGUUUCUAAACCAGUGAAUGCACAUGGUGAUUUUUCAAAGAAGAGCAUAAGGAAUGAGUCAGAGAUUGAUCCAAGAUCUCGUGCAUCCUUGCUUAAAAGAAUGAACAAUGUUAAACAUGGUAUUCCUAGUAAGCCUAGCAGCAAGUCAAAUAAGGAUGAGAAGGUUCGAGUUAGCCUGAGUGAUUCUAUAGGACAAUGCUCAAAAGAUGGCAGAAUGGAGAAUCCAUCAAAACUAGGAGAGCGUGCUGAUUCAGAUGCAAAAUUGAGUGCUGUACGCAUCAGGAAGUGGAACACUGCCACACCGGAGAACCUGAUCCAGGAUUUUGACGGUGAAACUAAACUGGAUCCUAUGCAAAGAGAUUCAAGAAGUGGGACUAAAAAAUUAGCUGCACAUUCUGGGCAGGAAGCUAAGCAUGAGAGUAGUCACCAAUCAGCACCAACCUCCCAGCAGGAAGGAGCAUCUGUCAGGCGUUGGUGUUAUGUCUCUGGAAAUGAUGAUGUGUCAAAGGUAUCAAAAAACCUGGAAAAUCCUGGGACCAACAAUGGAGCUCGCCAAAGUUUGGGUCACUGUAUGCUUGAUAUGAAAGGGGCCAGAGAUCUUAAUGCUUCAAGUACUGGGAGAACAAAUUCCUCUAGCCAAACUGCUAGUAAUGCCCUGAAAGAAGCCAAAAAAAUGAGAGAUUACGCUGAUCGUCUUAAGAUCUCUGGGUUUGGUUUUGAGAGUAAUGAAACAAACUUCCAAGCUGCUCUAAUGUUUCUUCAUGGAGCUUCUCUUCUGGAAACUUGCAAUGAUGCAGGCAGACAGGGAGAGGUGACUCAAAUACAAAUGUACAGCACUACAGCUAAACUUUGCGAAUGCUGUGCCUUAGAAUAUGAAAGACGGCAUGAAAUGGCAGCUGCUUCUUUGGCAUAUAAAUGCAUGGAAAUUGCAUAUUGGAGGGUAGUUAACUGCAAAAAUUCUAGCUUAUGCCGAAAUGAGUUGCAAGCAUGCUUACAAACUUUUUCCCAAGGUGAAUCACCAUCGUCAUCAGCAUCAGACAUUGAUAACUUAAAUAAUCAAGCAACAGUUGAUAAGGCUAUGAUAUCCAAGGGUACAAUUUCUCAUGUUGCUGGAAACCCUGUCAUUGGUGCACGAAACCACUCAAAUUUUCUUCGGCUGCUCGACUUUACACAGGAUGUAAAUUUUGCAAUGGAAGCCUCAAGGAAGUCCCAGAAUACUUAUUCAGCUGCUAAUGUAGCUUUGGAACAGGUGCAAAAUAGAGAAUGUAUUAUAUCUGUUAAGAGGGUCAUUGAUUUCAGCUUCCAAGAUGUAGAGGGACUCAUACUCCUGGUUCAGCAUGCAAUGGAGGCUAUAACCCAAGCAGGUUUGGUUGGUGCUAGAGAUUAAGUCAACCCUGUAUAUACUGUGCAUUUUCUGGUUUAUUCCCUGCAGUGGACGGCAUCAAGAAAAGAAACUUGAAAGAGCUGGCUACUUAGAGAUGUAAUUAGAAACCUGCAAAGAUGCAGGUUGUCAACAGCUCGUAGCUCUCUGUACAUGUGUACAAAGUGAGAUUGAUUUGCAGAUUUUGUAAUGUAUUUUUGGAGUAUUCAGCUUGUUUUAAGGCGUGGAGUCAGGCAAAGGAUGCUCACCCAGUUUUUUGGGUUGGGAAAAGGGGGAUAAGAUCCUUGUUCAGCAAUACAAUUUGGAGGAUAUGUAACAAGUCGGUUCUAUGUUUGUUAUUUUUUUGGCUCCACAUGUUUGGAGCCCGAGGAAAGAAAAUAUCUGUAGAGACCGGAAAUUAAUAGGCAACCAUUUUGAGGAGGUUGAAUACUGAUACAAUGAUGACUGAUCAAUUUUUAUCAAGAGCAAACCAUUUUUACCAUUUAUGUAAAACAUUAACGAAAUAGAAAAUGAAAAUCUUUGGGAAAGUUCUCUUAUCUAUCUAGAAUUGUCAAGCUUGAGAUUUGCUUUAACUAAUUGAGCCAGCAUCACUUCCUACUUAAUUGAAUCUGCAGGUAUGUAAGAUAUCAUGCUACCAUUUUUGCAUUAUUGGGAGAGCUCCUUUUUCCUGUUCUUUGCUUUUGAAGUCAUAAUGUGAUCAAUUUCUGUUCCUUCAUUCUUUUUAGGUUCUAUCCAUAGAGAUUCUUAUAAUUCAGUUUGAAGUCUUGCUAUUUGUUAUCCAUAAUUGACAUGAUGAAGAAUGAAGGAAGAAUCCUUAAGUGACUUCAUCUCUAGAAUAGUUUGCUUUCUUAUCAUUUAAUCUCCUAAAUAAGGUAUGCAAAAUUCAAAGUUGUGUUAUUUAUGCAAGGAUAUUUCUGACCUUAACUAUUUUUCUGCUCAUGGUAGUUUUCAUGUCAUAUUUAUUAAUUUUGUGUUCAACAUUGACAGCAUGGAGGAGGUAUCAGUUGACCCUUGGAUAACAUCUUGUGCAGCCUGUUGCAGUUCAUUCAGGCAGCUGUUUCUGCAUAAUGAUUUAUGAGGUAAAAGGUGUACCUUCAUUUGUUUUGCCGUGAGAUGAGGUCUUUCUUUUGGGAUAGAGGCAAUAAACAUCAUCCAUUUUCCUUGUAAUCAUUGUCUAUUUGCCUGUUCCCUUUAUGAUAGCUGAUCAAUUCUUUGUUUCUGUAUUUCUUUGCCCAAAACAGUUUUCUUCUAAACAAGAAAUUUUGCUUAUUGAUCAUAUUUUUAAGGUAUUAUUUACUCUUCUUCUCCCUUUCUGCAUAAUGAUUUAUGAGGUAAAAGGUGUACCUUCAUUUGUUUUGCUGUGAGAUGAGGUCUUUCUUUUGGGAUAGAGGCCAUAAACAUCAUCCAUUUUCCUUGUAAUCAUUGUCUAUUUGCCUGUUCCCUUUAUGAUAGCUGAUCAAUUCUUUGUUUCUGUAUUUCUUUGCCCAAAACAGUUUUCUUCUAAACAAGGAAUUUUGCUUAUUGAUCAUAUUUUUAAGGUAUUAUUUACUCUUCUUUUCCCUAUCUGGUAAAUAUGUUAUAAAAUCAGUGCACAGAUUUAUAUCCAGAUUUUAAUUGAAUGAACUUGGCUGUUUAAAAUAAACCUGGGCUGAUACAUGGGCAUCUCCUUCUCUGAUGCAAAUGAAAACAAACAGUUACAGGAACAAAUGGAACUAAACUAUAAUCCUCAUUGUUAGAAAGUAGCAAGUUUCAGAGUUGUCGUGGAGGUGCUCUGUUUUUCAUAGUUGUUAUUGGUGUAGGUACAAGUAGCCUGCAGCAAGAAGUUCAGAAUCUAGCAAAAACUGGAGGACGUGUCAAUUUUUUAAUUUGGUCUUGGGUGAUAAGUUGUUAAUGUUUUCCCAUGAUUAUCACUUAGAAUCAUGCUAUGAAUUUUGUGGCUAGCAUAACAGGAACCCAGUAAUUGAAUGGGUUCACUGACUUGGAGUUGGAUGCAUAAGAGAUCUUGUUUGUAUCGGUAAUACUGAUGAAUAUUCAUGGCCGUUCCCAAAUAUUGUGCUUCAUGUAACUUCCAAGUUAUUCAGUGAUAUAGAUAAUACCUGUUGAUUGUUGAAGGCA